UGAAUUCCACGCUUAACUAGAGCUGUAUGUUCGCGCAAAUACAAAACUUGUAAACUACCACAAAUUACUCAGUACAACGUGUACCACACCGGGGAACCACACCCCCUUUCCUUUUAACUUAAGCGCUUGCAAUUCGAGCAUUUGUAAUCUCCUUUGUUUAAAUAGGAUGAAUUCCUGGUUUUAUCGGGAUACCGCCUGUACCAGCGAAGAUAAGACGUUUCCGCUCCUUAAAAAGUGGUGUAAUGGAAAAAACAAAUGUAUAGUAGACUCACUGCGAAUAAAAGGAAUAGUUGGAGAUCCAUGUGAAAUGAUACACAAAUAUGUAGAGAUUGAGUGGAAGUGCAAAUCUAAAGUAGACAAAGUCUGUAACGGGCCCUCUGGAGAGAAAUCAGUAUCAAGUCCACAGCUAACACAGAGUUUUGAUAACAAACUGUCCACGUCGGUUGUAUUGAUAUGGGUGAACAGCAAAGGGAUAGCAGAUCCAGUCCAUCGAUGGGUCAUUCCUCCAGGAGGCAGAAAGGUGUUGACGACAUAUUCAAAACAUUACUUUGUCGCACAGACAGUUAGUACUGCUAAAUGGCUGAAGAUUAAAGGGAAGUGUUUAUAUGUCCCGAAAGGUGGUGUUGUUGAUAUAACGUACUGAUUCGACUAUAAGUCCUAUACUGUAAUAAGAUAUAAGAUUUAUAUGAAAUAAAGAAGAAGUACAAAAUAA